UAAAAGCAUAUAUAUAUAUGAAGCUUACGCAGAACGUAACGUGCGCGUGACGUUAUGUUUACUCGAGGAAAAAUCCGUGAAGAGCCAAGUAAAUUUCACAGAGAUAUGCAACAGGUUCUGAAUGCGUCUUUCUCGUUAUCCUGCUCCUCCUCCGUCUCUCACCUGAGAAUGAACAGUUACGAGUGAAAGUGAUCUGGUCUGGCCAACGCAGGCCUAUCCAACUGCUAACAGUCCGCAGUGCACGGCCGAACAAAUCGGUGCCGCGGUAUUUUGCGCCGUGUUUUAGCUACGUGCGAGCGGUAUAUUUAUGUUACUAAGGCGUAUCGCUUGCGGUUUUAUUUAAAACAUAUGGGACAUAUCAUCAUCAUAUUGUUCUCAUUAUCGCAUACAUUUAGCGGUAAAAAAAAGAGAAUAUUUCGAUAACAGCUCGUCUCACAUAACUCACUAAGUAUAUUGCAACAAGAAAAAUCGGCGCGCCACGAUGUCCUUCACUGUUGUGACGUUUCUACUCACGAUUCUAUUUUUUGGAACUUACGACGCUCACGGACUUCAAAAAUCAAAACACAAUAAAGUAGUCGUUUGUUACGUCGCAUCUUGGGCAGCUUAUAGACCGUAUCAAGGCGCGUUUUCCAUAGCAAAUCUGCGUCCAGAAUUUUGUACUCAUCUGGUUUAUGCAUUUGCUGGUUUAAAUGUUACAUCCUGGACAAUCAGAAGUCUUGAUCCUUGGGCGGAUACGGAGAAAGAUGUAAUAGGCAACUAUAGGAAGAUGACAGCUCUUCGACAACAAUAUCCAGGUCUUAAAAUUUCGUUGGGUAUCGGUGGGUGGAACGAAGGCAGCAAAAAUUAUUCACAACUUGCUUCGUCACCGGAUCGCAGGAGAAUUUUUAUCGCCAGCACCAUCGAAUUCCUCAGAAUGUAUGAAUUCGAUGGGUUGGACCUUGACUGGGAAUUUCCCGGUAGUCGCGGAGGUGUUCCAGAUGAUAAAUUGAAUUUCCUUAGGCUCGUGAAGGAACUGAGCGAUGCCUAUAGAGAACCUCGUCUUUCCCUGACGGCAGCUAUAAGUGCAGACAAGAAGACUAUCGAUCAAGCGUACAAUAUACCCGAAAUCUCCAAGUAUCUUGACCACAUCUUCGUGAUGGCUUACGAUUAUCAUGGGACAUGGGACAAGAAGGCUCUACCGAAUUCUCCACUUCGAAGCAACGACGGAUUAAAUGUGGAAGAUAGUAUUACAUAUUUGUUGCAACAAGGGGCCCCAGCCGAAAAACUUGUCUUAGGAUUGCCUAUGUACGGAAGAACCUACAUUCUGACAACGCCACCAGAGAAACCAGAUGUGAAUCCAAUUGGUCUCCCCGCUCUGACAACUGGAUUCAAAGGACCUUACACUGGUCAAGAAGGUUUUAUGGGAUUUAACGAGAUCUGCGAGGCACAGACAUCUUCGGAAGUCUGGACGACUGGAUGGGAUAACGACACUAACACGGCUUAUGCGAUUAAGCAGAACCAUGUUGUCUUUUAUGACAGUAUCAAAUCCAUAGAAGCCAAGGUGGAGUACGCAAAGAAGAAAAAAUUAGCAGGUGUUAUGGUGUGGAGCAUCGACACAGAUGACUUCCGAGGUAAAUGCUAUAAGUCCGAAUUUCCGAUCAUGAAAGCCAUCAAUAAAGUUCUAGCGGACACCAGCGACACCUUAACAUCACCAGUACCAGUACCUGGCCCGAACACAUCAUCCGUACAAUUUAUUUCAUACAUCGUGUUAAUGUUAUCGAUCAUGAUGAUUUAUUUUACAGUUUAAUUAUGUCUAUGAGUAAGUCGAUAAAUGUAAUUAAUGCGUAAUAAGAUUUAUAAUUUUUGCGGGAAAUAUUAGAGUAUGUUAAAGCUGACGUUUUACAGGUUCCUUUUAUCGAUACUUAGGUUGGAGGAAUGUAAUCUUGAUGAUAUACUCGUAUAGCAUUAUCUUAUGUGUAUAUGCAUUAUGUACAAAUUAAGAGAGAUUUAAAUCAUUUUCAUAGAAAAUAUAAAUACCCAGGUAGCACAUGUGUUAGUUUCGUAUAAAUAUUUUCUAAACGUAUGUAACGCUUCAUAAUCAUAUUAUAUAUGAUUCAAAUAUCAAGAACAUAUAUAUGAAACUAACUGUGUUACCGCGAGGUAUUAGACGGAGUUAGACGGAAUCAUGAAAUAUAAUAUUGAUGGCAGCAAUAUGAGAAAUAUAUUGAACAGAAUUUUAUAUA